AUGGCGAAAUGUUUCACGAACAACCAUACGGCAUGGAAUUUUAAUCCGCCCUCUGCUCCACAUAUGGGUGGCGUCUGGGAGCGCAAGGUGAGAUCCGUGAAAGAAGCCUUUAAAACUUUAUCACACAAUCAGAAGCUCGAUGACGAAGCGCUCAAGACACUACUUUCCGAAGCCGAAAUGAUUGUGAACUCUCAUCCACUCACUUUCGUCCCUCUGGAGAACCCGGAAGACGAAGUCUUGACUCCAAACAACUUUCUAUGGUUAACCUCUGGAGAAGAUAGCAGACCACCUAGAGUGCCAACGGACGAUGCAAUUUCUUUACGAUCUAACUGGAAACUGGUUCAGCAUCUGGUCAACCAGUUCUGGAAGCGAUGGAUUCAGGCCUACCUACCAACGAUUGCCUGCAGGACGAAAUGGUUCGAGCAAACCCGCCCAAUGGAGGUUGGGGAUCUUGUUGUCAUCGUCGACGAAUCGGUGCGGAACGGAUGA